CACCAUGUCGACAGUAAAGAUAACACCAUCAGCUGCUUCAUUUGCGACUUCUAUCAAACACCUUGCGGGCAUUCAACUACCUCGACUCCAAAACACCAUUUUUACCUCCAAUUCCACUAAGUUUAGAGCACCCAGAAGAGCUUUUACUGUAUCAAUGGCGGCUUCACUCGACACCCCUCUUGAAGUUUGCGUCAAACAAUCAAUCACAACUCCUAACAAGCUCGGCGACUGCCCAUUCACUCAGAGGGUUUUGCUUACGUUGGAGGAAAAGCACCUUCCAUAUGACAUGAAGUUUGUUGAUUUAAGUAACAAGCCUGACUGGUUUUUGAAGAUAAGCCCUGAAGGUAAAGUUCCACUUAUUAAGCUUGACGAGAAAUGGGUUCCAGAUUCAGAUGUCAUCACACAGGCACUGGAGGAGAAGUUCCCUGAACCUCCGCUGACAACUCCUCCUGAGAAGGCUUCCAUUGGAUCAAAGAUCUUCCCGAAGUUUGUUGCUUUUCUGAAAAGCAAAGACCCCACUGAUGGAACAGAGCAGGCUUUACUUGAUGAGCUGACAGCUUUCAAUGAUUACCUUAAAGAAAAUGGUCCAUUUAUCAACGGAAAUGAGGUAUCUGCUGCUGAUUUGUCGCUUGGACCAAAGCUAUAUCAUUUAGAAAUAUCUUUGGGGCACUAUAAGAAUUGGUCUAUUCCAGAUUCACUUUCCUACGUGAAAUCAUACAUGAAGAGUAUAUUCUCCAGAGAAUCAUUCAUCAACACGCGGGCACUAAAAGAGGACGUCAUUGAGGGUUGGCGACCAAAAGUCAUGGGUUAGACAAACUAUAUCAUCUUUUGCAUUUCUGAGGAUUAGAUUUUUGUCACAAGGUAUAGUAAGCUAGCAUUUGGAAGGCUGUAUGACAGUUCUUUGCCAUGUAUAUUGUUAAUAAAACACAUACUCAUCCUUGUUUGACUGAAUGAUAGCCUGAGUUAUAUAUGUAAUACAUACUCUUCCUAAUGCUUGUG